AUGGUGGACAUCACCUUCCGCUGCCAAAUCAAGUACCAAGAGGACAAACCAGUGACCAUUGCUGCAGACCUGGUUGAAGAGCACCAAGGCCAAAACUUCUUGAAGUUCAGUGCCACCAACUACUCCAUUUGCAAAUUGGUAUGUGGUGGCAAGCUGCCCAGGAACCCCAGUUUGUCCAAGAGCAAGGAAUUGCAAGCUUUGACCCAAGCCAGGAAUGAAAAGAUCCAAGAAUAUUUUGCAGCACCACAAGGUCCCCAAGAAGGCCAAGAAUUGUUUGGUGAAGAGAACCCAGGCAAGGGCACCAAGAAAAGAAAAGCCCAUACCAUGGAAGAACCUGACAACUUUGUGGUAACCAUCCAGUUGGGCUCCACUGAGAUUCCAUGUUUGGCUGGUGGCCAAAGACCUUCCAAGUGGGAUUUGUUUGUUGCCAUGGAGCCAAAGCCAUUGAGGCAAGUCAUUGGCCAUUUGAGAGCUGGCUGCCAAGCUGCAUUGCACGAACCCACCAGAGGUUACAAAGGCACAAAGAAAGGCUGA